UUUUGAUCUACCGCGAGCACCAUCUUGACUCAAUCGUACGGGGGCUGCAGAGGCUGUAUGAUGAGCUCAAGAGCUGGUCCGACGACAACAGCCGUGGAAUUGUGAAGCUCUCCCGGGGGGGGGGGAGACGAGUGCCAUGCUACAGUCCGGCCAUGACAAAUAUUGCGAGGUAUUGCCGGCUAGGAAGGUCUUAUUGAAGGGAUUUCUCUCACUAACAUCAUAUUCUCUUCCAUCAACUCGGAGCCGAUUUUGUUUCAUUGCGCUGAUGAGAUCAGAACAUGCAAUCCUCUUGGCAACAAGAACGAGAGGCUUGCUUCAUGUACAUCCUUGGCUGUCCAGGCUGGCAGCCGGUGGGUGUACAUAUAAGUUCCCCGAUGACCCGAACUCAACCACGAAGAUGGCCUGGGUCACAUAUGAGGGAAUUCUCAAGGCAAAUGGCGGUUCUUUCCAGAGCAAGGGGACUAGGCGGCCCUUUUACGACUUCCCUCUUGCCUUGAGAGUGUUUCCAUACCUGCCGAGCAGUCUUCUAGACUCACGCUGCGCUCUCAGAGGCACCCCAUUCCUGGACGAUCUCCGUGAAGACCGGAUGCAAUAUUUCCAGGUGGAACUCCCUAAGAUCAGAGAACCCCUGAUAGCCAAGGCGUCCGACAUUUGGGAGAAGGACUUCGCCGAGAUCCGCUCGCUCAUUGGUGACGCUGCUCCGGACAUUCUCCCAUUCUUUGAACUCCACCAGAAAAGCUCUCCUACUAAACAUCAACACCGAGCUCUGCGAGAGCAUAUCCUCGUCAGUCAAGUCGUUAUCAGAGGGCGCCUCGCAAAUUCAUCCCUUAUUCAUCGGCUCGCUCCGUACCGGCCUGGGCCGCAUGGAGGCUGCCUACCAGCAGCGUGCGGGCGCCCUCCCCGAGAAGCUGCGGUCGCUCGCCCGAUGGGGCGGUCCGUCGCGCCCGGCUCCAGGUCGGCCUGCUGCUCCAAAGCCCGGAGGCGCGCCCUGACAACGGCCCCGGCGACCACACUGCGCUGAUUGUGAUGCUCCGGCUGCAGAAGAAAGUCAAGACGGGCACGCUGGCCUGGGCUGCUGUCUGGAAGGUUCCGCCCGCCGUGGAGCCCGAAGCUGCUGCUG